UAAUUAACGCUACCUUUGUGUUGCUACAGGUGAGGACGCUGUAGUUGUGGUGCUGUUGCUGUGGUCACGCCGCGGGGACACCAGUGGCUUUGAUCUCGCACCAGAGGAAGGAGCAGCACACAAACACGCAAUUCAGUAACUGCCAAGGUGAUGGCGGUACCGUGGGCGUGGGGGGCGGCGCUGGCCCUACUGCUCACCCUUACGCUGCUUGUCACGCCAGGUGGAGGCGUGGAGUGCUUCGUGUGCAGCUACUCCCCGCGGGGCAACACCUCCAGGCUGGACGGCUGCACCAAGGCCAACUUUACCGAGGAGAAGAUCGAGACUCGCGACUGUCCUCUGGGGUGCGAGUCGGUGGCGACCUACGACCGUAAUGAUGAGCUGCUGAACUACCACCGCAACUGUGCCACCAGCGACACCAUCAUGACCAACACCUGCGAGACCUACACCAACAUCAUCCUGAAGCGCGAGGUGUGCUCCUGCGACUGGGCCUACUGCAACACCGCCUCGGGGGCCGCGCCCCUGUGCGCAGCGCGGCCGUCAGCAGUCCUCACGUCGCUGCUGGUCCUGGGCGGUGCGCUGCGGGCCUGCGCGCUGGUAUGAGGCGGCGCCGCUGUCCUACACGCCGCCGUUCUCACCGUCAUGUAUACAUGUAUAUUUUUUUUCCAAAGGUCACUUUGAGGUGAGCAGCUGCUGCUGUCUGGUAAAUGUGCUUCAACAUGAAUCUUACGAGUGUAGGAUCAGGCAGCGAGACGCAGGGGAGGAACGAGCAGCGGUCGUAGUCCCGUGCCCUUACUCCACCCCAGCAACCUCCGGAUUUACAGCAUGGCCCCGCACCGCUCUCCAGGGGGCCAUGCACAGCCCCACCGCACCUGCCGUGGCCGCGGGCCGCCCCCUCACCAGGUGAUAUGUAACCGCGUUAAGUUGAAAAAUAAAAGUCUGCGCCCCGCGACCCGAGACACCACUAGUCAUGGCGCCAGGACCACCUCAGGCUAGUCAGCGGGCCAGAGUGCCCGCCGCUGCUGCCCCACGCUGCUGCCGCUGCCACUUCUCAACACGGAACUCAGUGAUCUCCAUGCUGCUGCCGCCGCUGUGCAGGGUCGCGGCGGGCGCCGAGGCAGGUCGCCGGCGCUUGCAGGGCACCGAGCUGCGUCUUUCUUCGGCGCACGGACUGGUAAGCCGUCCAGUAGAGUCACUCGCCACCUUGCAGUCCGAAUUAGUAGAGGAGCGGCGCGAGAAGCCUCGCCGAGCUAGUCACAGCGGCACGCUCAGUGUGUCCGGGCCAAGCUUAGGUUUCUCUUUCACUUUGUGCUUGUUUAUAGAAUUGGAGGCACUGAUGUGGGAGGCCCCGGGGCGUGUCGGGGCCAGAAAGGACCGCGGUGCUGCCUCGUCUUGCUGUCCUGAAGCACGCCGCCUGGGCGCCCCGCGGUCCACCGACGGUGCCUCAGAAGCAAUAAGGACUUUGUUUAAUGUGUACACGUUAGGUACCUCCGUCACUGCCACGCCAAACACAGGACCGGUCCGGGCCGGGGGGCGGCGCCGCUCGUCCUCCCGCUCCGGCACCGCCAGACACCGCGGCGCAGCCUUAGCUUGUAGACGUCAUGUUUUAAGUUAAAUGAGCUUCCGUCUCUUUCAAAAAAGGGAUAUACAUGUAUUUUAUAGAUAGUUUUUGUACUUGUUUCACGUGAGCGAGGAAGGCGUGUCGUGCUGGUGCAGGGCGGGCGUGUGGGCGGCGCGGCCAACACUCGCUGCCGACUACGCACCUCCCUCUAGCUGGCCACGGGCACGCCCGUGUUCCCGCCGCCAGUGGGCCGCGCCUCGGGAAGUGAUAGCGUGCCCUGUGAGUCGCGGCAGUCCCUGCGCCCUGCUGGGGACCGAGGCGCCUGACGCUUUCCUUGACGAUGCUUUACAUGUACAGUUUUUUAUGACGCCUCUGUGACCACUGGCAUACGUCUUUCAUAAUGGUCAAGUCUAUAAUAUAUUAUUCCAUAGAUUUUAUACCACAUUUUAGGUUUGUAAAAGAUGCUAUAUAUAUAAAACAUAAAGUGUAUGUAAUAUACUUAAAAGUUUAGUGCCGUUUUAGGUUAGAUAGAGAGUAUAUGUGUACUUGCAGGGUGACCACUGUGUGUUGUUGUGUGUUGGUCACCAGCACACCUGCUUGACACACGACCAACACGGGAACACCUGGAUGCCACCGACCACCUGCAACUCACCUGUCAAUAAAAUCUGAAAGAGU